AUGCCUAAUGAAACGGUAGGUGAUAGGGCCGAGAGAAAGUCCCUUCAGUCAGUUUAUGACCGCUAUCCAGUCUCUUCGACGAUCCUGACCGAGCUUGUGAUUGCAGAAGUUCUCGGCGCGCUGUCGGCCGCUAAAGAGACCACCUCUUCCGAUGAUCUCGAGGAGUUAUACGCCAGCCUCCAUGAAGAAGGAGGCAGCUCGGCCUCGGCUCCCUUGGACAAGGAUUCCAAGGCCGUCGUUGAAAGGCUCCAAGAGUUCCUAUUCUUUGGGGUUCACCAAAUGACCACCGCCGAGGCAUUCAUGGAGUUCAAGUCCUGCUUGGAUACGGCCAUGGCGUUGGGUCUGCUGGACUCGGCUCAGCUGGAUGAGCUACAGGCCAACAUGAGGAUGACCGAGAGGUGCUCGCUCGAGCAAGAGCUGUCAGUGAUAAAAGAACAAGUCCAACCUGCCAUGGCCCGUUUGAAGGAAAAUGACCUCGUUGUCCAAAGAGAGAAUGAGGAACUUGCGCAGGUCAAGGUUCAGAUUGCCGAGCUCCAGGCCCGUCGAGAUCUCAUCCUUCAGCGCCGAGAUGGUGCAGUCGCGGUCGGAACCGAGCUGAAGUCUUCUGCCAGGCAAAUCCUCAAGGUGCCGACCGAGAAAAAUAGGGCACUGGCCAAGAGGAAGUUGAUCCAGGCGAGGUAG